AUGAUAGAGUCAAAGACUUCUGAGGCCACCAAAACAGAGCCUGCGGCCCCGCUGGAUCCAAUCCCGGCGCAAAAUGAGUCGCAGGAAAACUCAACUCCGGCACCAUCGAAUUUUCACCAUGUCCUGGUCGUGGCUGCUGGCUUCAUGACAAUGUUCAUGACCUGCGGUAUUGUUUUCUCAUUCGGAGUAUACCAGGCAAUCUAUGAAGAAAUGGCCAAAGAAUCCGGUAAUCCGUUUACAGGGACAUCGUCCUCAAUCAUCAGUCUCAUCGGUACAUUAUCCAUUGCGCUGAUGUCAAUGGGUGGGCCAUUUGUUAGCGCCUGGGCCAAGCUUUACGGACCCCAGCCCAUAAUCAUGGCCGGAGGUGUCGUCUUCGGUCUUGGAUGUAUCCUUGCCAGUUUGAGCGAGUCUAUCUGGGAGUUCCAGCUCACCCACGGUGUCCUCGUUGGCCUCGGCACCUGUAUGGCCUACGUGCCAACCAUGUCCGUCAGUCCAACUUGGUUUAACAAACGGCGUGGUCUGGCCAUGGGAAUUGUCAUUUCUGGUUCCGCUUGUGGUGGUAUGGUUUGGCCACCUGUACUAAGAGCUAUCACCGCGGAAAUCGGAUUUCGGAAUGCGCUACGCAUAUCCGGGUGCCUGAAUGUCCUCUUCGUGCCCAUCUCCGGAUACGCAUUGAAAUGGGAACCAAAGUUCCAAGAAAAACUUCAUGAACAGAAUGCCGGCAUUUCGAAGAAAACUGGAUGGAUGAAAGUUCCACUAAUCAACUGGGAGGUUGCCAAGUCAAAGAAGUUUGUCGCGCAGGCGUUAGGUUGCUUCUUGCAGUCUGCUGGGUACUCGACACCUUUGUUUUUCUAUGCCGCUUUUGCGCGGUCUCUGGGAUACAGCGAUCGGAUGGCGGACAACUUUAUCACUAUUAGCAACGCGGCGAACUUUAUCUCCCGUAUUGUGAUCGGUUAUGCGGCCGACAAACUUGGUCGUUUAAACGUGCUGUACACUACAACCGUGUUAAGUGCCAUCUCUGUUUUCGCGCUGUGGCUUCCAGCUACUUUUGCCGGUACGACUAUUUCCAUGACCGCUGGAGAGGUCUUGUUUAUUUUCUUCACAAUUUUUUACGGGACCUUUGGUAGUGCCUAUAUCUCUCUGUUCCCCGCGAGCUUGAUUGAGCUAUUUGGCGUGCAGCACUUCACUUCCGUGAACGGUGCUCUAUACCUCAUCCGAGGCAUGGGAGCCUUGUUAGGAACACCGUUAACAGGAUUAUUGCUUCCGGGACAAUCAGCACUGUCCUCUGUCUCAGUCUACUGGAGAGCUAGCGUCACUGUUGGUAUGUUGCUCUUUGCGGCAAGCAUGGCCACGCUAUGGGUUCGGAUCGAGGCAAUCACCGGCAAAACACGAUCAUGGAAAGUAUGA